GUCGCCAAUUGCCUCAAAGUCGUUUUGACUGUAUAUCUAGUUUUUUUUUGCAUUGUUCAAUAUGAAGCUACUCCAUGCCAUCUGUGUUAUUUCUGGGUUAAGAACCAUUUGGGCGCUUCCCACGAAAGAUGUCAAAUCUUCUUUCAGUUGGGAAGACACCAAAUAUUUUCUCGCAUUCGGUGAUUCGUACACAUAUGUACAAGGAACAUACGGUCGACAAAACUACUCCUUCAUUGGCGAUCUUCAAAACUUCUCAUACACUCCCGCCCAACUCUUGAGUAAUGAAAUCGUCCAAAACCAACUCGGAACAUCCGCAGGUGGCCCAAACUGGGUCGAAUACCUCACCUCAUGCUUUUCUGGCCUCCCAUCCAAAUGCGGCAAAAAGCAACUGUGGGAUUUUGCCUUUGCUGGCUCCGACGUCUCUACAACCUACACCUCCCUCCACCACAACUACACCGUAUCGCUCGAAAACCAAAUCCUCGAAUGGUCGACCUACGCCCAGCCAUUCAUCCACAUGGACCCCUCCAAAACCCUCGUCGCCAUCUGGAUCGGCAUCAACGACAUCGGCGACACGGACUCCUACACCUUCCCCUCACACAACUCCACCGGCUUCCCCUCCCUCUACACCAACAUCAUCACCACCGAAUUCGCCGCCAUCGAAACUAUCUACCAAGCCGGCUUUCGCAAUUUCCUCUUCAUGAAUCUCCCCCCCUUACAACGCACUCCUCCCAAUCUCAUCCGCGCCGCCGGCCCCCUCCCCAACACCACCAUGCUCACCAGCUACAACCAAAUCCUCAACAGCAGCGCGGUGCACUUCGCCGCCACGCACCCCGGAACCAAAGCCAUGGUCUUCGACACCUUUUCCUUUCUGUCUUCCGUGUUGGAUGACCCCGCGCCGUACGGGAUAAAAAACAUCACGAACUAUUGCCCGAGAUAUGAUGCGCCUGAUAUUGCUAGUAAGUUUUCUUUCGAUUUCUAUCCCCAAUCCCAUUUUUCAUCGUCAAAAUCUUCUCUUCGUGCAAACUCCGUACAAACACGACCCCGCUCUUUCCAUCCCCUGCUCCAAAUCAACUAACCCCCUCCCAGCAAACUACGCAUCCUACGGCUGCAACCCCAUCCCCGAAUACUUCUGGUACAACACCGGCCACAUAACCUACCACACGCACGAGAUUCUUGCCAAGGAAGUUGGCAAGUUUUUGGAGGGUCAGAGUUAGUGAUUCAUUGAUCACAGAUAGAUAGAUCGGCAGAUAGUUCGACUAUUUCAAAAAUUAUCCUUGCUAUUCCCGA